CACAAUCUCAACUAGAUAAUUGUUUCCACUUUUCCUUCUGGAAGCAGAAAAACAUUAGCCAUCAACAUGUGUAGGGGUUUGGCUGCAUUGCCUAGUAUUUCCAUUGAGAGACCCAGUGCUGAGGACACACAAGGAGGUCAGUUGUUCGAGAAGCUCCUGGCUGACAAACGUGGCGUGGCUGCAUUCCGAGCCUUCCUUCGCUCUGAGUUCAGUGAGGAGAACAUUGACUUCUGGCUCGCCUGCGAGGACUACAAGAACACAAAGACCAGCUCCAAACUCGUGUUCAAAGCCCAAAAGAUUUAUGAUGAGUUUGUCAAAGUCCAGGCACCAAAGGAGGUGAACCUUGACUCACUGACCAGGAAAAUUGUGACCAGGAACUUGGCCAAUCCCAACAACUCCUGCUUCCAGGUUGCCCAGGAGAGAACGUACACUUUGAUGGAGAAAGAUUCCUUUCCCAGGUUCCUGAAAUCAAACCUUUCCUUCAAUUUGCUUAAAUACCUAUAA